AUGGGCUUUAUUGAGUACCGGACUAGUUCAGAUGCCGCCAUACAGUGCGAAUUGUUGUUGGAUGAUUUACACGGACCUACACGCGAAUUUGAUAUAACCGAUGUCGGAAGAAGACGAAGAUUUGUACGUUGUCUUUAUGGCUUGCUGAUGUUGCAGAUUGCGAUGAUCAUUCCCUGCUUGGAGAUAUGCAUUCAUUAUGCACAUAUACUAAUUGAGCUUCCUCUUCGCUUAGCAUAUUUCGUAUUUAUUAUCCUAUUGUACACCUGGCUGUAUAUUUAUCGCGACUGGCGACGUCGAGCGCCCUUUAACUACUUGAUUUACCUGCUGACAUCGAUCGCAAUGCCAAUUAGCACAAGUAUACAUCUGAUUUAUAUCGAUCAGACACGCUGGCUUCAUGCUUAUCCGUUGAUGAUCAUAGUCGAACUGCUCGUUCUCGUCUUGUACACCACACAGCAGAGAUUUAAAUUUAGUCAUGCCAUCGGCGUGCUUAUAAUAUAUUCGGUUUAUGGAUUGAUCCUCUUAUCGGUCUAUAUUUUUUUCAUACAAGGAUUCUUCCGAAUACUCUACUUUUAUAAGGUGACCUUUGAAGCCUGGUACAUUAUCUACGAUACCCGACAAAUGCUUUGUGGCGACCAUGGCUAUAAUCUUCAACCCGAUGAGUAUAUAUAUGCAGCUGCGAAUAUUCAUGCUGAUUUACCCAAAUUUCUAUGGCUUCACGCUUAUCCGUUGAUGAUUAUAAUCGAGCUGAUCGUUCUCGUCUUGUACACCACACAGCAGAGAAUUAAGUUUAGCCAUGCCAUCGGUAUCCUUAUAAUAUUAUUGGUUUAUGGUCUGAUUGUGUUAUUGUCCUACUUUAUAUACGUAAACUGUUUCUUUCGGAUGCUCAGCUUUUAUGGAGUCACCUUUGAGGCGUGGUACAUUAUCUACGAUACGCAUCUAAUGCUUUGUGGUGUCCAUGGCUAUAAUCUUCAACCCGAUGAGCAUAUGUAUGCAGCUGGCAAUAUACACGCUGAUUUACCCAAAUUUCUCUGGAUUAUCAUCGGGCAUUUUGUGCUUGGCCCUGUGAGGGGUUUCAUAAAAGCGCUGCGUCAUUCGCGUACGAAUUACAUUUGUUAA